GAGCAUGUUGUUAUAAAAAUUGCGAAAGUUUGAUGAAUCCACUUUAAAAAAACAUACCAAUAGGGAAGAAAUGAGUGUGCUAAUGAACUUACCAAGCUCACGAUGAAUCAUUGACUGAAUUAAAUGUUUAACCAAGGAAGUGUCUUAAUGAAGAAAGGAGCUGAUAAUGUGGAACUUACUUGCAAAAAGAACACAAUCGAAUGUCUGUCUCAGACAGAAUAAUCCACGCAGACCGCGUCGAGCGCCCUCCCACUCGGAACUACAAAUGCAGUACAUCUUUCAACACAACACAUCCCCCCUUCCUCUCAACUAACACUGAGUGAUAUGUGUCACCGAAAAAUGUGACCGACAGGGCUCAAUAAUCACAACCAUGACACAAUUUUAUCACUGGAUCCAAGCCAAAUUGAGAUUGAUGCAAUCUAUCCAAUAAUCUCGCUAAAAGUUACAAUAAGACUGAAAGAAAGUGCUGAAAUGCAUUCAAAUUCCCGGAGUUAGCGCUAUAUCGGUAUAUGGGAUCUACGUUUCCGGCGAAUCAAUUUUCUGUUCAUAUUAAUUUCGCUUAAUAUAACGCGCAUAAUUGGCACGGAUUCCAUUUAUAUAUAACUGCUAAUCUGAUUGGUGAAUAUUACCGGCGAUUGUACGAAAAGAUUGGCACAUAGAACCCAGGGAAAAUCUACAAAAGACAGCGCAGACUUUACUUUUGCUCUAAUUACGCAACUUCGGCCCCUGGCGUUGCACGUCGGGGUGACCGAUAGUCAUUUAUCGAAUCGAACGACACUCUUGACGCCGACACUAAAUCUUUCAUUGCCUCAUCAUGCCGCCAGUUAAAGUGCCUAACUACAAUAAGUGGAACAAACCGCCCACCGCAGUGUAUGAAGACAAUUAUGGCUACGGGAUCAAUUUCUACCAGCCAAUGAUCGACUACAUAACCGCGAAGGAGCACGGGGUCUCUGCCAAACCACCUCACUUGCCGUGGAACAACGAGCGAGGACUAGACAAAUACAGGUUCGACAAACCAGUGAAAGCGUACUCCGAGGAAGACGUGACGCGCAUCUCACACGAAAUUGCUGAACAAGCAAAACGCGAUCUCAACAAGUUUGACGUGGCAAAACGUUCACCAUUUUCCGUCGUGGCUACUGCCGCUGCUGCAAAUGUUACAAAACACGUGGGUGUAGAAAGUGUCACUGUGAAAGCCAAGAAGAAGAAACUGGAUAGAGAAAAAAUUAACGCCGAACGCCAGAAAAAAAGGAUGGACGAAAUAGAAAAAGAACUGGAAUUGUAUGAAGCUGCGUCGAAAGUGGGUGCUGAACUGAGAGGCAAGGCUAUGAUGUAUAGAGGUAAAUCUGCAAAAGCUAUUGCGCAGACCUUGCUGGAGGAGAGCAGAAAAAAUGUGGAUCAAGCCCGAGUUAGGAGAAUGGACACAGAAGCUAAGAAAAAUGUGAUAGAUCGUAACUACGCAAAGUUAGCGCAAAACAUAAUGUCCAAAACAAUGGAGUCAAAGUACUCAAAUCAAUCUGAAAGUAGAGUAUCGGAAUCGGUUUCAGAAACAAUAAGGACAGUGCGUCGCAGUGUUUCGCCUACAACGUGCAUUGUAAGAGUUCAAACUGAAAUUCCGAUUAUAGAUAAUUCUUACGUGCAACACAUCAAUGAGUUGAAAGACACAUUGAGGCAGUUUGAGCAGAUUAGCACGAGUUUUUGCAUUGACACAAGGUGGAUAUAGUUUUUGUUUUGUGUUUAAGUGUUUGAUUUGUU